CCAACUAUUUAAGGCCUCUAACAGGGGAUAAUCCCGACAAUCAUCCACUCGACGCCAUGGAGUCUCGUCUGCUAGCUGUCCUGGUUUUCGCGCUUUUGUUCAACGGCAUUGUAUGCAAGCCGGCAUGCAAAUAUGUGAACUGUGACCUAACCUGCGGCUCCGGACUAGAGAAAGACACCAACGGCUGCCCUAUCUGCAAAUGUAAAUGUCCGGAGCGUGCUUGUCCACCCGUCAAAUGCAUGUACGGCUUAAGGCUGGACGCCAACAACUGCCCAACAUGCAUCUGUAACUCCGCCCCCUGCCGAGAAAUCAGCAAAGAUAAAUGCCCUCUACUGUGUGAGCAAGGCUAUCUGAAGGAUGAUAACAACUGUCCUAUAUGCGCAUGCGUGCCCACCAAGUGCCCGGACAUCCGGUGUGAGUUUGGCAGUUGUCCGGCAGGAAACAAAAAGAACAGUCUGGGCUGUGACGUGUGUGAGUGUAAACCCAACUGCUCCAGCUCCGAGUGCAACAAAUUGUGUGCGGACAAGAGGAAGUACAGGACCAAGAUCGCCACGUGUGGCUGCUCGUGUAACAACUGAACCUCUCACACCUGCAUUCAUUAGCUUAAGGUUAAUGAGCAGCUUGAAUAUAUUGCGCCUCUAGUAACUGAAAACUCGAUACAAUAUUUUUUUAACUAUUUAUUUCCGAUUCUAUGGAGUAAUUUCCUUAAGGUCAAAUUUGAAACCAUUGUGAUAAUGUUUACUUGUAUUGCUGGGUACUGUCUCGCUUAGUUAAAUACUGUCAACACGGACUUUCAUGCUGACUUCUUGGAUAUCCGCUGACGCACAUUUCUAAUAAUCUUUUUGGCGAACUAAAUGGCUGCAGAAACAGGGGGUUGAUACAGUGGGUUGAUACAGUGGGUUGACAGUGGGUUGAUACAGUAAGUUGUUACAGUGGGUUGACACAGUGGGUUGAUACAGUGGGUUGAUACAGUGGGUUGAUACAGGGUGUUGCUACAGGGGGUUGAUACAGUGGGUUGAUACAGUGGGUUGAUACAGGGUGUUGCUACAGUGGGUUGACACAGUGGGUUGACACAGUGGGUUGACACAGUGGGUUGAUAUUAUGGGUUGACAAAAUAUGGUAUCUGGUUUAAUUUAAAACACGUGACCUUUAUUACUUUAAAUAUGUGACCUAAAUACUUUCAAAACGUGAAGCUACUUAUUUAAAAUAUGUAAGCUGAAUUAUCUAAUUUUAAAUUGAAUGUUUUAAUUUCCAUUUAUGAUUAAUAAAAUAAACUAAAUAAUA